AUGGCCUCGGGAAAAUCAACCGACAAGAGUCGGACCUAUAGCACCGCCACCGACUUCAACAUAACCGUCCUCAUUUCGGGCUCAGGGACCAACCUACAAGCUCUCAUCGACGCAUGUGGUCAGACGCCCAUGUCAAAGGACAAACCUGCCCCGCGACGAACGCUGCCCAACGGUCACAUCGCCCAUGUCAUCUCGAAUCGUCGCGAAGCAAGAGGCCUCGAGCGCGCUCAAAAUGCUCACAUUCCCGUCACAUAUCACAAUCUGUUAGCCUACAAGAAGAGAUUUCCAGAAACAGAAGCGGGCGUAGCCGCCGCUCGAGCCCACUAUGAUACAGAUCUGGCCCAGCAAAUCCUCACCCAUAUCCCAUGCCCUGACCUGGUGGUCUGCGCGGGUUUCAUGCACAUCCUGUCCUCCGAGUUUGUCAAUCAGCUGGCCAAAGCCGGCGUACCAAUCAUUAAUCUGCACCCAGCCUUGCCAGGAAAAUUCAAUGGCUCGGAUGCGAUAGGUCGUGCGUACAAAGCGUUCCAACGAGGAGAAAUCUCAAAUACCGGUGUGAUGGUUCACUACGUCAUCGAGGAGGUGGACAUGGGAAAACCUAUCUUGGUCCAAGAGGUCGAGAUCAGAGACGGUGACUCCCAAGAAGACCUGGAGGAGAGGAUACACCAGAGCGAGCAUAAACUUAUUGUGGAAGCAACAGGGAAAGUCCUGGAAGAUCUCGAAGAGCAGCGGAGAAGGGAAGCCUAA